AAGUUAGUUGUCAAACGAACGACGAGACGAGUUUGUUUUGUAAUUUUCUCAAAUAAAAUAAACUUUUUACGUAGAUUACCUACAUAAAUUCUGAGCCUAUAUCAGAAUUAUAUAAAUAUCUACUAAGUUUCGUGUUCAAUCCAGGAUGGACCAACUGCGAUUCGACGGACGUGUAGCAGUCGUGACCGGUGCCGGAGGAGGUUUGGGCAGGGCGUACGCUCUGCUGUUGGCCUCUAGAGGUGCUAAAGUGGUUGUGAAUGACCUCGGAUCCGCCAGAGAUGGCUCCGGCAAAUCUAACUUUGCCGACGCCGUUGUUAAGGAAAUUAAGGACAAAGGUGGAGUGGCAGUAGCCGAUUACAACUCUGUUGUGGAAGGAGAAAAGAUCAUCAAAACAGCUAUUGACAACUUUGGCCGAAUUGAUAUCCUCAUCAAUAACGCUGGCAUCCUCCGUGAUAAGAGUUUCCUUAAACUGCCAGAGCAGGACUGGGACCUUAUCCACGCUGUUCACUUGAAAGGAGCAUACAAGACCACACACGCAGCAUGGGACUACUUCAGGAAACAGAAGUAUGGACGGAUCAUCAUGACUUCCAGCAAUGCUGGUAUCUACGGCAACUUCGGCCAGAGCAACUACAGCGCUGCCAAGAUGGGUCUGGUGGGUUUCGCCAACACCUUAGCUUUGGAGGGGGACAAAUACAACAUCAAGGUGAACACGAUCGUCCCGACCGCCGCGUCUCGGCUCACAGAGGACAUUCUCCCCCCUGAAAUGUUCCAGGCCAUGAAGCCAGAGCUCAUCGCUCCUGUUGUGGCGUACAUGGUCCACGAGUCGUUCGAAGGCAACGGCAGCGUCAUCGACUCCACCCUGGGUUAUGCCAGCAAGCUGCACUACGUGCGAUCAGUCGGCACCCCUCUUAAGAAAACGCCCUCCGAUGCCGUCACUAUCGAGUCGGUCAAACAGUUCUGGCCACAGGUCGUGGACAUGAAAAACGCAACUCACUUGGACAAAAUCGCCGAAGUCACGAUCGAUCUGGCUGAAAAGUUACAGGACUUCGAAGAUCGCGCUAAAAUGGAUGGCGGCAAGAAUGUCUACAGAUCCGAGUACAGCUACGACUCGAAAGAUCUGGCGUUGUAUGCUCUCGGAGUCGGCGCGUCUGUCAAGAACCCCACCGACCUGAAGUUCUUAUACGAGAGCCACGAGAGUUUCUCAGCGCUGCCCAGCUACUUCAUCUUAGCCGGCAUGUGUAUGGAGGCGCCUCUCGUGCCCGCUGCCAUGCCGCCUGGAAAGCACGCUGACUUUACCAACAUCCUUCACGGCGAGCAAUUCAUCGAGUACGUGGAUGAUUUCCCCGGCACCGAAGGCACCUUCCAGAUCAGAUCCUACGUGGUUGAUUUGCUGGACAAGGGCUCGAGUGCCGUAGCUAUCGUUAACAGCGAGCUCUACCAGAACAAGAAAAUGGUCGCUCGCACCCAACAGCACAUCUUCGUGGUGGGCCAGGGCGGCUUCGGAGGCCCGCGCAAGAGUGCCCUAGCUGUCGACGUGCAGGCGCCGCCCAAACGCGCUCCUGAUGCGGUCGUAGAACAACGCACUGCUGAGGACCAGGCGGCUCUUUACAGGUUGUCUGGAGACUACAACCCUCUGCACAUUGACCCGAACGUUGCUGUUGCAAGCGGUUACGAGAAGCCGAUUCUUCACGGACUCGCUUCUCUUGGAUUCUCCGUGAGGCACAUCUUGGCCAAAUACGCCGACAACGACUCUGGUAACGUGAAGGCGAUCAAAGUCCGCUUCGCCAAGCCAGUCAUGCCGGGACAGACGCUCGCCACCGAGAUGUGGUUGGAAGGCAAGAGGGUGCACUUCCAGACUAAGGUCAAGGAGUCUGGAAACGUCGUUAUUUCAGGCGCUUACGUCGACCUGAAGAAUGUCAGCAAGGUCCGUCCGUCGGCUGCGUCGGCCUCUGAACUGCAGAGCGACGGACUCUUCGCCAAGAUUAAGGAGGAGGUGGCCAAGAAUCCCGCCAAGGCAAAGAGCAUCAACGCGGUGUUCCUUUACAACAUCACGCAAGACGGCAAAACUGUCAAGCAGUGGACUCUCGACUUGAAAUCAGCCGAAGUCAAGGAGGGUGCGCCCAGCGGCAAAGCUGACACCACCAUGACUCUAUCAGACAGUGACUUAGUAGAGCUCGCGUCUGGCAAGCUCAGCCCACAAGUUGCCUUCAUGAAGGGAAGACUCAAGAUCACUGGCAACAUCAUGCUGGCGCAGAAACUGCAACCCCUACUCAAGACUGAGGCUAAACUAUAAGACUACACCACUUUAUAUCGUAUUCAUUAAGGUGAAAUGUAUAAAAGAGUAAUAUGUUGUCGCAUUUAGGACGAGUAUUAAAUACUUUAUGAAUGUUAUCAAUUUAUAUUUACAUAAAUGGGAUAUUAACAAACGUAUAGAGGGUUUAGGUAAUAUUUUUGAAUGAAUAUUUUAUCAAUGUUAUUUCCACUAUGAUAAGUAUUUUUUAUUUAUAAUAAAUUUUUUUACUAGUGUAUUGUUAUUUCCAGUGCAUCUAGGCUAGGUCAGAUGUAUGAGGUUUAUUUCGAUUCAUAUUCACAAAGCAAUACA